CACAACUGAGUGACUGAACUGAACUGAAAUUUUAAAAUUAUUUUAUUAACCAUGAAAAGCAUUUUUUCACUUUAACGAAAGGUGUUCUUUAAAAUUAUCCACAUUUCUUCACAGAAAGUAUGUGUGUUGCAUGGCAUUGUGUGUGUGUGUGUGUGUGUGUGUGUGUGUUGGUCUGGUUUUGAAAAUACAAGUGAUGGUGGCAUGGUGUCUCUCCAGCUGUAACCUCAGCAUAUAUUUGUGCCAGGAGAAACAGCUUUGGCCAAAUGGGAGAGUGAUAGCAAGUACCUGAUGAUUUCCCCCACAAUCUCCCCAAAAUAAACAGCAUUACUUUAAGCAUAUGAAUACUAUUUGCUGAACUUUUUAUGUGUUUUAGUUUUAAAGAUAGAUACGUUUUCUAUCAGAUGUGAUGAAGAGAUAUUAACUAUGGAAGAGAAAGGAAGAGCCCUUUCUGGAAGCAUAUCAAGUGCACUGAGGCCAGACUGUUCCUGACACCCUGCCACCUCCUUGUGGAUGAUGCCUGCUGAUGAAGAGCUGGAAGUUUGACCCUUUAGACCCUUUCAUCCAUUUGGCCUGCUCCCAAGUGCCUACCUCUGGCAACCAUCAUUCCGUUUUCCAUAUCUAUGUGAAUUAUUAAAAAGAAAAUGGCCCAACGGAGCACUGUAUUUCCUUCUCUUGUCACCGAGGAAAGGUAUAAUAUAUGGAAAAUAUGCAUCUAAGGCGAGUUCGAACGAUGCCCCGACACAGCCAGUCCCUGACCAUGGCACCUUACUCAUCCGUAAGCCUAGUGGAGCAACUGGAAGACAGGAUCCUCUGCCACGAGAAAACCACGGCCGCGCUCGUGGAGCACGCCUUCCGGAUCAAAGACGACAUUGUCAGCAGCUUGCAGAAAAUGCAGAACAAAGGGGGAGGCGACCGCUUGGCCAGGCUUUUCUUGGAGGAGCACAUCAGAAACAUCACUGCCAUAGUGAAGCAACUGAAUCGGGAUAUCGAGGUACUCCAGGAGCAGAUCCGUGCCCGGGACAACAUUAGCUACGGAACUAAUUCUGCCUUAAAGACCCUGGAGAUGAGGCAGCUCUCUGGCCUGGGAGAUCUCCGGGGAAGAGUGGCCAGAUGUGACGCCAGCAUAGCCAGACUCUCUGCCGAGCACAAAACGACCUAUGAGGGCCUCCAGCACUUGAACAAAGAGCAGCAAGCUGCCAAACUUAUCUUGGAAACAAAAAUCAAAGACGCAGAGGGACAGAUCUCUCAGCUUUUAAACAGAGUGGACUUGUCAAUAUCAGAGCAAAGCACGAAACUGAAGAUGUCCCACAGAGAUAGUAACCACCAACUUCAGCUUUUGGAUACUAAAUUUAAAGGUACAGUCGAGGAACUCAGUAACCAGAUUUUAUCUGCACGGAAUUGGUUGCAACAGGAACAAGAACGGAUAGAAAAAGAACUUUUGCAGAAAAUCGACCAGCUUUCCUUGGUUGUUAAGGAAAACAGUGGAGCCAGUGAAAGGGACAUGGAGAAAAAGCUCAGCCAGAUGUCAGCCAGACUGGACAAAAUAGAAGAGAGUCAGAAGAAAAAUAUGGAGGUACAGAGGACAAAACAAGAGGAGGAGAAGGUGCAUGGACGGAUCAGCAAGCUUGAGUUACAGAUGACCGAAGACCUGAAGGAAAUGAAAGCCGAAGUUGAUGCGGGGUUUACCGCCAUCUAUGAAAGCAUAGGAUCCCUCAGGCAAGUCCUCGAAGCCAAGAUGAAGCUGGACAAGGACCAGCUACAGAAGCAAAUCCAACAGAUGCAGAAGCCAGAAGCUCCCAUGUGAAGGGACUCGGGACAUGGACUUCAAAGGCGGUUUUGCCAGUGGGGCCAGAAGCUGGACACCUCUGUAGCCAGGCUGUCACUACAUUCAGGAUUGUUCCGUUUAUGGCGUGCAUGUGCCAAGAAAUGUGUUUUCAUGGGUCUAAAUGUUUACCUUGAGUCUUGAAAACACUCUUCUUUAAAAGUAUUACAUACAGUUUUUACCACUUUAUUCCACUUACCUAAAUUCAAGCAAAUAGCCUCCCCUCCCUGGAUUUUAAAAGGCUUUUAUCCCCUUCAUUUUAUGAAUGAAAAGACUUAACAGUUUCCCUUUGAUUCGUGAUGCUCUCUAGCCAAGACUUUACUCUUGAAAAUGUCAUAGUGAUUUUUUUAAAUUAAGAAACUAAUGAAUCAUCUUGGGAAUGUGUUGCUCCUCACUCUAAAUUAAGAGAAUGUUUUGAUGGAUUAGAAUUCAACCUUUGAGUCCAUAUUUGGAUUUUAUUAUUGUUGUCUGUGCAUUUCUUAUAUUGGUUCCCUUCUUGUAAAUCUUUUGUCUUUUGUAGAGGGAGGGGAUUUAAUAUUUGGGAAAAGAAUCUACCACUUAUGCAGUGAAAAUAGUUUAAAAAUUGACAACUGCCAUGUAGAUUACAAAUUAAAAUGGAAACUUAAGACAGUUAUCUAGAUAAUGCAAGGCACAAUUAUCUGUAUCAACCACCUAGUUAUACCAGGUUUUAAUACUGAAAGCUUUUUUCAAUUAUCCACAGCCUAUAUAGUGAUAGCCAUAUAUUCAAUAAUGGAAUGGUGGUAAUAGCUUGUUUAUUAUGUAAUUGAUUGUUCAUUAAUCACAUGGGAUGUGAAAAUUUUUCAAGCUUUUUGAUCUCCUCUCUAAAUUUUUCCAAAAUUGGCACAGAGUGCUAAAGGUUUAUAUACAUUUAUUGUAACUGUAUUCUUGUGCCUUGGUUUUAUCACAUCAGUGCACUGUACCCUAUAGAAGUUUUGCAGACAAAAUAGAAGGCACAAUAGUACAUCAGAAUUAUGAUGUAAAAACGGGAUCCUAUGUAUUUUUUAAAUGUUUUAAAACUUUUAUCACUGUUAAGAUGUUAAUCAUUCAGUAUCAUUAAUGGAAUAGAAAUUCAUACUUUUGUAUGUCCAGAAAAUCAAAUUGAUACUGCAUUUAUAACGAUGUCAAGAAAUGUUCAUUUUGAGCAAUUUCAUAGAUGAUGGGUGUUUUAUUUUCAAUCGCCAUAUUUGAUUAGUCAUUGGAAAUUGGCACCAGUGGUAUCUGUUCACCUAUAUAUGUAAAAACUAACAGUGAGACACAUGCCGUUCCAAACUGUGAGGGUGCCCAAGAAAAAGGAAACGGGAAUACUUUGAAAAUUUUAAAAACUUUUUUUUGUCUGCCAAGGACUCAGGAAAAUUAAAGCAUUUUCUAUUUUAGAAUAAAUUGUAAAUGAAAUCUGUAACUGGCUAUUACUGUUUACCCAUAUAAAUUAUGCUGCUAAAGUACAUAAUAGUUUACCCUCAAUGGCUUGACAAAAAUUUUGUUUUUAAUUUGUACCUGAGAAGUCAUACAAAGAAUAUGUCAUCCAACAUAUAUGUCCUUAUUUUGCCACAAAUCUCCCCAUCUCUAUUCAGGAAGACUGCUUCCACUUAAUAAUGAAAAAACAAAAAGGUUAAUGCUCUUUUGCAAUCAGAAAGUGAGUUUCUCUUUGUGAUCGAGUAGCUGUGUUUAUAUAGUUCUCCUGAUUUAAGCACAGACCACAGCACAGACAGCCACGGCUCCUCAAGCAUCUCUCUCCUCUGGGGGCCCUGAGGAGGAGGAAUCAGCACAUGUCACUUCUGGGAGGAGGGGAACUGGCAGGACUAAGGUCAAAGGGUGACGUGACUGGGUGAUGCUUCUGUUCCCCACGUCGGGAGUUCGGCAGGGAUUCUCCCCUCUGGCUGAUUGAAAUCACCUGGGCACUUCCAAAAGUGACCAGUGCCUGGGCUGCUCCCCCAGACCAACUAAGUCAGAACCUCUGGAAGGGGAUGCAGGCAGCCUCAUGUGUCAGAGGCCCCCAGGUGACUCACGUGUUGAGUCCCCAAGCUCCAUGUCCUCUCUUCACCAAAGUUUAAAUGAGAAUCAGCUUCCCUGUACUUUCCUUUACCAGAAAUUUGCAAUAAAAAGAAUAAAACUUCCAAAUCAA